AUGGAUCCGCCCACAGCACAACUACCACCGCAAUCGCCGCCCGCUGGCACGCCGCUCGCCUCCAUCUCUCCCGAACGCCUGAACAACAUGCGCUCCCCACCCCUCCUGAUGACCGCCACCGGCCGCGGCAGCAUGCCCACCUCUCCCACCUCCUCCACCUCGGCCGUCUCGGACAACGCCAGCAACACCAACUACUACGGCAGCCUCAAGCUCGGCUCGCCGCCCAAGCUCCGCGCCUCCCACCACAUGCGCAACUCAUCCUCGUCCUCGGACGCGGGCGUGCGCGCCGCCGUCGCCCGCUUCGAGCAGCUCGAUCCCCACCGCGACCAGGCCGCCGCCGUGCGCCGCGCCGAGAUGGCUCGCGAGAUGGCCGAGCUGGACGCGCGUCGGCUGCGCGACGACAAGGACGGCUUCGAGCGCGAGGCCCGCCGCAUCCGCGAAGAGUCGCGGAAGAUGAAGAAGGAGGUCGAGGAGAGCCGAGAGCGGGAGCGCAAGGUGGCUAAGCGCUUGGAGGUCGUCAUGGAGGAGCUGCACCGUGCCAAGGAAACACACAGCCAUGCCCAAGGCCUUUAUGAGAAGGAGAUCCGCAAGGCACGAAAGGAGGCGUUCAAGUCGUCGUCCGCCCUGGUCAAGAUGCAAGAGGAGCUCAAGGCUACCCGAAACUCUCUCCGCAUCACCCAGUCCGGGCUCGAGUCGGAGAAGAUCAAGUGCCAGAAGCGCGAGCAGGAGGCGUUCCAGGCAGAGUACAAGAUGGUCGGCGUGCAGGAAGAGCUGUCCAAAGCCAAGCAGCAGAUCAAGACUGUUGAGGAGGAGCGUGAUGCUCUGAAGACGAGUCUCAAGGAGGAGGAGGUUGCCAGGAUCGCUGCCGAGGGCUUGAUCGCUCUGCCUGCGUCCAACCCCGGCGAAGAGGAUGAGUUUGAUUCCCCCAAAAAGUCGCCAUCCAAGCUCAGGGCAUACGAUGGCUCGGACAAGGAGAACUUUGUCCCUUCGAGCCCUUCCUCGAGGAGCGCAGAGCUCAAGGCUGUGCACGAAGAGCUGGCUGCCGAGCGCCGCCGCCGCGAGCGUGCUGAGGACACGGUCGACUUCAUGAAGAUGGAAUGCCAGUUUCAGUGCUGCUCUUGCAGAAUGGCUGAGCUGAGCGGCGACAGCUACGUCCACGACGACACGUUCGAGAAGGAAAUGUCCAAGAUCAGGAACAGUCAGCCCGUCUCCAUGACCCCUCCAAUCAGCGAUGUUGGCGAUGCCGAUGUUGACGCCAUGGUUAAGCGUCCAGUGCCCAUGAACGUGAGCCGGCCGGCAACCCCGCCGGACUCAGCAACGCUCACAGACGAACAGCGUGAGCUACUUUUCUCACCAACGACCGGCACCUUCCGCAGUGUGCCUUCACCGAACAAGUCCGCUGAAACAGAGGAGAAGCCCCAGAUCGAAGAUGUUGAAAUGGCCGACGCCGACGCACCCCCGCCCGCAGAGCCUACCGCGCAACCCGCAGCUCUCCCAACGCCGGUAGAGCCCGCUCCCAUGGAGGUAGAAGCUGCCGUCGAGCAGCAACGGCAGCAGACCUCGAUGCGCCCUCCCUCCCCGCCUCGCACGCCCGCCCCUGUAGAACGCGGCCGCAGCCACACCUCUCACGGCCACCACCACUAUGCCUCCCGCAACGCCUUCCACGAACAGCCCUCCCGCGCCGCCACGGCCACCCCCGCCAACAUCAACAACAACUUCUUCCACCGCACCGUCACCACCACCACCACCAUCCCCAUGUGCUUCGACUCCCCCAAGCCCGUCCACAACAACAACAGCAACCAACACUUCCACACCGUCUCCCGCUCCACCUUUGCGGCGUCCUCUUCGUCGGCGCGCCCCGGCGUGCUCGACGCCUUCGCGACGCCCACCGCCGCCGAGAAGCACGCGCUCACGCGCACCCCGUCGUUCAAGGACCGCCCGUUCGACCGCGAGGUCGCGCUCGAGCAGAUCCAGGAGAGGAGGAGGCGCGCGCGCAGCGUGGCUGAGGGCCGGGCGACGCCGAGGAGGCAGAUGGUGGAGGGGGCGGGCGUGAGGAGGGAUUGUUCGGCGCCGGUGUAA